UUCACAUGAGGAAUGCACAUUAAGAAACUCGAUUGAAAUAAUAGAUUUAAAUAAAAGUCAGAUAAUCAGCGUGUGGCUUUGGCUGUGUGUCCGCAGCCGGAGGAAAACUCUGCGUCCGGAGCCAAAAACGAGGCCAACCGGAGCAGCGGAGGACUGAUGGAGGAGAUGAACGCUCUGCUCGCUCGCAGACGGAAAGCAGUAGAUGAGAAGAAGGAUGGAGAAAGCCAAAGUGACGAUCCCGCGUGCCGUGGACAGAACGCCGCAGACGGUGUGAAGAAGCCGUGGGAUCGAGCCAAUUCGGCGGAGAGAUCAUCACUGGUGUCCAGGUCCAACACAACCCAAUCAAGAUUCAGUCAAAGCACAAACCUACUGGAUUCUUACAGGACUUUAGGGGAGAGUUCAGCCAGAAAUGAUCGUUCUGUCCUCACGUCUGCGUUGAACACAAAAGAAGAUAUUAUGAAGAAUGUUGGGAACCAAGCACUUUGACUUCCAUAGUGGCUGUCGACUGUUACCAGAAC